AGUAGAGGCACCGAGUCCGGCAGUGGUGGAAAGUGCCGUGGCGACCCCCCCCCAAACCUCGCCAUGAAGACCCGCUUUAGCACCAUUGAUCUCCGUGCGGUACUCGCGGAGUUGAAUUCCAGCUUGCUAGGAAUGAGAGUUAACAAUGUUUAUGAUGUGGAUAAUAAGACAUAUCUUAUUCGUCUUCAAAAACCAGACUUUAAAGCCACACUUUUACUUGAAUCUGGCAUACGAAUUCACACAACAGAAUUUGAAUGGCCUAAGAAUAUGAUGCCGUCCAGUUUUGCCAUGAAGUGCCGAAAACAUUUGAAGAGUCGGAGAUUAGUCAGUGCAAAACAGCUUGGUGUGGAUAGAAUUGUAGAUUUUCAAUUUGGAAGCGAUGAAGCUGCUUAUCAUUUAAUCAUUGAGCUCUAUGAUAGGGGGAACAUUGUCCUUACAGAUUAUGAGUAUCUAAUUUUAAAUAUCCUAAGAUUUCGAACUGAUGAGUCAGAUGAUGUCAAGUUUGCUGUUCGUGAACGAUAUCCAGUUGACCACGUGAGAGCUGUUGCACCUUUGCUUACCUUGGAAAGACUGACUGAAAUAAUAACCAGUGCACCUAAGGGUGAACUGCUGAAGAGAGUACUUAACCCAUUGCUUCCUUAUGGACCAGCUCUCAUUGAACAUUGUCUUAUAGAAAAUGGAUUCUCUGGCAGUGUCAAAGUGGAUGAAAAAUUUGAAAGUAAAGAUAUUGAAAAAGUACUUGUUUGUCUGCAGAAAGCAGAAGACUAUAUGAAAACAACCUCCAACUUCAGUGGAAAGGGAUAUAUCAUUCAGAAAAGAGAAAUAAAGCCAAGCCUGGAAGUAGAUAAACCAGCUGAAGAGAUACUCACGUAUGAAGAAUUUCAUCCUUUCUUGUUUUCUCAACAUUCACAAUGUCCAUAUAUAGAAUUUGAAUCAUUUGACAAGGCUGUGGAUGAAUUUUAUUCCAAGAUAGAAGGUCAGAAAAUAGAUUUAAAAGCUUUACAACAGGAAAAGCAAGCAUUGAAGAAACUAGAUAAUUUCCGAAAGGAUCACGAAAACAGAUUAGAAGCUCUUCAGCAGGCUCAGGAAAUAGAUAAACUUAAAGGAGAGCUCAUAGAAAUGAAUCUACAAAUAGUUGACAGAGCCAUUCAGGUUGUUCGAAGUGCUUUAGCCAACCAGAUAGAUUGGACAGAAAUCGGGUUAAUCGUGAAAGAAGCCCAAGCUCAAGGAGACCCCGUUGCAAAUGCAAUCAAAGAAUUAAAAUUACAGACAAAUCAUGUUACAAUGCUGCUAAGAAAUCCAUACUUAUUAUCAGAGGAGGAAGAUGACGAUGUUGAUGGUGACAUCAAUGUUGAGAAAAAUGAAACUGAACCACCAAAAGGAAAAAAGAAAAAGCAAAAGAAUAAACAGCUGCAGAAGCCUCAGAAAAAUAGGCCAUUACUUGUUGACGUUGAUCUCAGCUUAUCAGCAUAUGCCAAUGCCAAAAAGUAUUACGAUCACAAGAGAUAUGCUGCCAAGAAAACACAAAAGACUGUUGAAGCUGCUGAGAAGGCAUUCAAAUCAGCAGAAAAGAAAACAAAGCAAACCUUAAAAGAAGUCCAAACGGUUACCUCGAUUCAAAAAGCAAGAAAAGUAUAUUGGUUUGAGAAAUUUCUGUGGUUCAUUAGCUCAGAGAACUAUCUAAUUAUAGGAGGACGAGAUCAGCAACAGAAUGAAAUAAUCGUGAAACGAUACUUGACACCAGGGGACAUUUAUGUGCAUGCUGAUCUUCAUGGAGCUACUAGCUGUGUAAUUAAAAAUCCAACAGGAGAACCGAUUCCCCCUCGGACCUUGACUGAAGCUGGCACAAUGGCACUUUGCUACAGUGCUGCUUGGGAUGCCCGAGUUAUCACUAGUGCUUGGUGGGUGUACCAUCAUCAGGUGUCUAAAACAGCACCAACUGGAGAAUAUUUGACAACAGGAAGCUUCAUGAUAAGAGGAAAAAAGAAUUUCCUUCCUCCGUCAUAUCUAAUGAUGGGGUUUAGCUUCCUCUUUAAGGUGGAGGAGUCCUGUGUUUGGAGACAUCGGGGUGAACGGAAGGUCAGAGUGCAGGACGAAGACAUGGAAACGCUGGCUAGCUGCACAAGUGAUCUCGUAUCAGAGGAGAUGGAGCAACUAGAUGGAGGUGACAGUAGCAGUGAAGAAGAUAAAGAGGAGUUACAAGAAACUCCCGUGGAAGUGGAACUCGUGACUCAGGUUGACCAGGAGGAUGUUACUCUUCAGAGUGGCGGAGACAAGCUAAAUGAGGAACUAAUGCAGGAAGAAAGCUCUGAAGAUGAAGGGGAAUCAGAAGAAGUAAGAGAUCAGGAAUCUGUUGGUGAAAUGAAAGACAAAGGGGAAGAGACAAUAAACUAUCCUGACACUACCAUUGACUUGUCCCACCUUCAGUCCCAAAGGUCCUUCCAGAAAUUGGCUUCAAAACAGGACUCUUCUAAUAUGAGUGACAGUAAAUUACAGAGUCGGAGACAUUUGUCAGCCAAGGAAAGAAGGGAACUGAAGAAGAAAAGGCUUCCAGGUGACUCAGGGGAUUUAGAAAUAAUGGAGGGAAAGGACAAAGAAAAAGAAGAUGCUCUACACAUGGAAACUCAUCAGAUCACAAGCAAAAACGCCCCAGCUGUGCAGCCAGUGAAGCGAGGACAAAAGAGUAAAAUGAAAAAAAUGAAGGAAAAAUACAAAGAUCAAGAUGAAGAAGAUCGUGAACUCAUUAUGAAAUUGCUAGGGUCUGCAGGUACAAACAAAGAAGAAAAAGGGAAGAAGGGUAAGAAAGGAAAAACAAAGGAUGAACCAGUGAAGAAACAGCCCCAGAAAUCCAGAGGUGGAUUACGGGUGUUAGACAGCAUAAAGAAAGAAACUCCAUCCCUUCAGGUUAUAACUCAUGAGAUACAAGACUUGGCUGUAGAUGACCCCCAUGACGACAAGCAGGAAGAGCAAGAUCUGGAUCAACAGGGACACGAGGAAAAUCUCUUCGAUUCUCUGACAGGGCAGCCACAUCCUGAAGAUGUGCUACUGUUUGCCAUUCCUAUAUGUGCCCCUUACACCACCAUGACAAACUAUAAAUACAAAGUGAAACUUACUCCUGGAGUUCAGAAAAAGGGAAAAGCUGCAAAAACAGCCUUGAAUAGUUUCAUGCAUUCCAAAGAAGCAACAGCAAGAGAAAAAGACUUAUUCCGCAGCGUAAAGGACACGGAUUUAUCAAGAAAUAUUCCUGGCAAAGUGAAAGUGUCUGCACCCAACCUUCUGAAUGUAAAAAGGAAAUAGCUGAGAUAAAGCCAAUUUUACAGCCUUCUGGAUGAAGGCUGUAAAAUUGUUUUCGUUCAAAAACGAAAACACCAUGUAACAAGACUUCUGCUUUUAAAAAAUGAACUAAAUAUUGCCUUGCUAUAUUCACCAAAAGGACUUACUGUUUUAUUCCAGUUUUGUAGAGAGGAGACACACCAUCUAUUGUAGGAUUUCCUGAAGUAUUUGGGGACAGUUAAAUGCUAAUUGUACA